AUGGUCAAGAUACUCGCGGUAAAAUGUUCAUCUGAGCUAAUAGGACUUGUGCUAAAAGAAACAGCAAAGGCUGGUAACCACGAGCUGGUGAAGUUACUGCUUCACGAGUGUGAGGCGAGAAACUUGGAGGAUUCCUGGUAUCAUUUACGUAUUGGAAUGAUGGUACAAGAUGUAGCAUCUCGUGGCGACGUGGAGAUGGCCAAGUUAUUGGUCGAAAAGUGCGAUCCUACUGAUGUAGGGCGAUCACUGAAGAUUGCUGUUGAAAACAACAGCACGGAUAUGCUGCAUCUAUUGGCGCCGAUGACUGCAGUUUAUAUCAAGGAGGAUCCUUACAUAGUGGCUGCACUGGUACACGCAGCUAGAAAAGAUCAAGUUGCGAUGGUUGAUAUUCCUGUCCAAUACAGUGACCAGCCGACGGUUGAGGAAGCGAUACUGCAGCUGUCUUCGAAUGGAGAUAUCGCUGCAACAAAAUUGUUGCUGGAGAAAUGUGAUAUUGUUUCCACCAAGCACCUAUUUGUCAAAGCAACCGAGAAGGAUGUGGUCGAGCUAGUCGAGAUUUUGCUGGAGCAGAUGGACACAACUUGCAUCCGUUGGGCUCUAAUGACGGCUUCUGCAAAAGGAUGUUUUGGGACAGUAAAGUCAAUGCUACACAAAUGUGACUCGACGUCUAUUGGUUGUGCACUUGAAAUUGCUGUUCAAAAGCGCGAGCUGGCAGUUGUCGAUGUGCUACGGGAUCGAUGUAAUCUCACAAGUAUUCGCGAUGCGAUAAUAAGCGCGAUGUAG